GUGGAAUAAUCCCAGCCGUCCAUCGCGUGGGACGUCUUCUAGGGUUCUUUAUAAGGCUCCCCCAUCUUCGCCAUCGCUCGGCCGUCUCUUCCGCUUCCGCUUCUCCUCCAGAGCUCCGAGCCUGCCGCGGCAAUGGCAUUUGUCAAGGCUCUGAAGAGCAGGGCUUACUCUAAGAGGUACCAGGUCAAGUACAAGAGAAGGAGAGAUGGGAAGACUGACUAUCGGGCUAGAAUUCGCCUGAUUAAUCAGGACAAGAACAAGUACAACACUCCCAAGUAUCGCAUUGUGGUGCGCUUUUCCAAUAAGUUUAUUGUUGCGCAAAUAAUAUCUGCUAGCAUUGCUGGAGAUCUUGUACUUGCAGCAGCUUAUUCCCAUGAGCUGCCUCAUUAUGGGCUUGAAGUCGGUCUGACGAACUAUGCAGCUGCAUAUUGCACUGGACUUCUCUUGGCUCGUCGGGUUUUGAAAAAGCUUGAGAUGGACCAAGAAUAUGAGGGCAAUGUUGAGGCAACUGGAGAGGAUUUCUCUGUUGAGCCUGCUGAGACCAGGAGGCCAUUCCGAGCUCUUCUUGAUGUUGGUCUUUUGAGAACGACCACUGGAAACCGUGUUUUUGGUGCGCUCAAGGGAGCAUUGGAUGGUGGUUUGGAUAUUCCACACAGUGACAAGAGAUUUGCUGGUUUCUCAAAGGACAGCAAGCAGCUCGAUGUAGAUGUUCAUCGCAAGUACAUCUAUGGUGGGCAUGUUGCUGCUUACAUGAGGACAUUGGCAGAAGAUGAACCUGAGAAGUAUCAGUCUCACUUCAGUGAGUACAUCAAGAGAGGACUUGAGGCAGAUGACCUUGAAGGGUUGUACAAGAAGGUUCACGCUGCUAUCCGUGCUGAUCCUAUCUUGAAGAAAUCUGAGAAGGAGCCACCUAAGGAACAUAAGAGAUUCAAUUUGAGGAAGUUGACGUACGAGGAGAGGAAGGCGAAGCUGGUCGAACGACUUAAUGCCCUCAAUUCAGCUGGUGGAGCGGACGACGAGGACGAGGACGAAGACGACGAGUGAAUGGGUUCCAUAAUGGACCUGAAGCUUUGAGAGAUCUAUUUUUGCCCCCCUAGUUAAUCAGGCCUUUUAGGAUUUUGCUCCCUGUUCUCCUUUUAGUUUUGCCGUUACCAUUUGCAGGUUGGAAUGUUUUCCGAAGCAUAUACCGUCUCUUAUUGGAGAAGUUAGCUUGGGUAUGGAGUUAUUUCUUGUUUCGACUCUGAUGUUAAAUGGACAAUAGCACAUUUCGUUGUUGUGCCAGGGCAAUUUUCUCUGAGUACACGCUGUGCUUUUACUAUUACAUAAAUCUGGACGAGGUAGUGCUUUAGCAUC